GCUAUUUCGCCCAGGUUCGCCAUUCUGAUUCGAUUCGUGCAGUAGUGAGUAGCAUUGAUGAGUAAUCUGUGGAUUCGUGACGGCUUGUUGUGUUGUGUUUGAAAGGUUCACUCAGGUUCGCUUGAAUCCUGCGUGCUCGUCCUGUUUAGGCUUGUUUGUCAACUUUACUGCAGAUCCGUGGCUGUGUAGAAGCAGCAGGUAAAGACUAUUUUAGCCUUUACCUUUGAAAGUUCUAUGACUUGAGGCUGAACAUUCGUGCGGAUCUUCGUGUACAGUGUUUUGUCUCGUGCGUCAGUUUGACGCGGAUUUUUGAGUGAUUUUUGCAGUGACAUGCCAUUUUAACAGAAAAAUGGCCUCGACUUCAAAUUUCGAGCCAAAGGUGCUCAUGUCCAAGGGCAAAAGGGCUACUGCGGCUUACAUUCAUGCGGACUGUGCCACCGACCGGAAUCCUGAGCACCUGAAGGAAGUCCUGGACAACCUGCUGAAUCCCGUGAAACGUAUCGAUGAGUGGGAAACAAUCGACUGGUGUAAAUGGCUCAUGGCUGGGGGGCGAACGCCUGAUGAAUUUGCAAAAACAGUUCGGGACUACGAUUAUGCAACGACAUGUGGUCUAGUUUGGACCCCAAAUUUUAUUGCUUACCGAUGUCGUACCUGCGGUAUAUCACCAUGUAUGUCGCUUUGCACAGACUGUUUCAAAAAAGGAAACCAUUACGACCAUGAUUUUAACAUGUUUUUAUCACAAGCGGGAGGUGCUUGUGAUUGUGGUGAUACAUCCGUAAUGAAAGCAACUGGGUUUUGUGAUAGUCAUGGGCCUGGAAAAAUUCGAAUCAAAGGCUCAGCCCCUUCAGACCUAAUGUGUGUAGCUGAAGCCAUGAUGCCAAGGAUUAUCCUUCGGUUAGUACAACAUUUACGGGAAUUCAGCGGACCCGACAGUCUUAAAAUCGCCGUUCAAGAUGCAGAUGCAUUUCUGACCAUGCUAUUAGACUUUAACAACAUGGGCGGUUUGAUGCGACGAGUUAUGGCCACAGCACUAACAAACCCGACUAAAUAUAAAGCCUUGAACGAAAUACCGGAAAAUGUGGAUUCAGAGUACGCUCAGUAUCUGAUUGAGUCAAAGCGAGUCUACGAAGAGGCUGUAAGGUCAUUACCAAAUGUUGAUCUGGAUAUUUAUGAAGAUCUUAAAGAUUAUCCGGCCUUACAAAAAAAUCUGGUACAUACAACGUUUUUAGAGGAGCUCGUAUUUUGGACUGUUAAAUUUGAAUUUCCUCAAAAGGUUGUGUGCCUUUUGUUAAAUAUGCUGCCAGACACCGAUUUUAAAGAAGCUUUGACUAGAGCUUUUGUUCUUCACUUUAGUCGAAUAAGUAUAAUACUGGAGAAAAGUCCUGAUCCAGAUACGCUCAGUAACCGGAUCGUGCAUGUCAGCGUCCAGCUUUUUAGCAAUGAAGGCCUAGCCAUGCGAAUGACCGAGCAACUCAAUCUCCUCCAUGUAAUGGUUGUCAGCUUGAAAAAUAUGAUGAAUAAAAUACUCAUACCGGAUACAUCUCACAAUCCAACACGAAAUUGCCACUAUGUUGUUGACUGUACCACUUCUGUGAUGAAAGACCAUUGUUAUUGGCCACUUGUAUCUGAUCUCAACAACGUGUUAUCCCAUAGGCCCAUAGCCCUAAAAUUCAUGUCGGACGACACCCUUUUGGAGAUGUGGUUCAGUUUCCUGUCCAUGUAUCAGGGGAUGAACCUCAACCAAAAAUUAGUAGGUCCCCAUGUGGAAUUCGAGCCAAACAGUUACUAUGCCGCAUUCAGCGCUGAGUUGGAGGCGAGCGCUUAUCCCAUGUGGGCAUUGGUAACACAUCUCACCGAUCAUACAACUGCGCAUUUGACAAGACGAGUACUUAAUGCUUGUAUACGUGAAUGGUACGAAUGGAUCAAAGCCAUGGACUUCAAAGGACUUAUUCCUGAAGAUAGUCAGCAAAUCACGUUUCAUCUCCCUUUACACCGAUAUUUAGCAACAUUCUUAUGCCAGGGUGUAGCCCGACAGGGAAUUCGGAUAGAAGAAAUUCUACCGGCAAAUGACUUCAUGCUCACCUUGCUAAUUGUGCACCCGCUCAAACUGCAGGUCGCUUUCUAUGAGAUUUUGAAUGGAGUGUGGGUGAGAAAUGGCCUACAAAUCAAAGGACAAGCGAUGACGUACAUCCAAUGCAAUUUUAGUAAUUCCAUGCUGGAUCUUGACUUAUACCUUCUGCAGAUAUGUUGUACUAGAGUGAAUACCGAACGUUUUCUCUCCAUGAUUAUUGAACAGUUUCGCAUAAAACGUUUCUUAAGCUUGGCCCCUUUCAGGGAAGCUCAAGAUAACGUUGAUUUUCCGAUGGUCGAAAACUGUUUGCUGUUUCUGGCAACGCUGAUUAAUCUACGUACUAACUUAGGACUACCGGAUAAGGUAAUAAACCGUCUGGAGAUCGUCACAAUACUUUGCGGAAAUGAUAAAACGCACUCGCAACUUAUUGACCUGAUACCAGAAAGUAUACGAGCUAAAAAUGAAUUCCAAAAUUUACGUAGAUAUGGAACACAAACUAGGGAUUUUGAGGAAAUAGUCGCGGAGUGCGCGGAUUACAGGAACCAUGCUUUAGAUCCAAGUGGUACCAUGCAACAAGGAAUGUACACACCAAAGGCUAGUGUUUGGGAACAUCAUUACGACCCGAUUCAUUUGCUUCUCAGGGCCGUGCACCGAAAAGAUUUUCAAAAUUCAAUGGAUAGAUAUACUGAACAUUGUAGACAAACGAAUAAAUUGAAGCCUGGAGUGACGCCGUGGCCACCAUUCAAAGCGCCCCUCAAUGUAGGCGAAAACUACAUCGAUCCUCGACACAUUUUGACCUGGAAUGUAUUCCAGUCCAUGGCUUUUAUAAUUCUAUAUAAAGCGGUGAAUAGUCAAGUACCAGAGCAAGUGAUCGCUUUUACUCUGUUUCUGCUGGAGCAAUCAGUAUAUGUUACGAACAUUUUCAAAGAUACGUACUCUAAACUGUGUUUACCGCAACCGAACAAGUCACGCCACGUCGUAGAUGGGGAUCUUGGCAACUGGUUCAAGACUGGGCACGUUUUCGAUAACUUUCGGACUGUAAUACCAAAAGUGGUUUUACCUGGCGCCAUACCUGACAUUGUUCCUUCGCCUAUAUUGUAUAGCUCGCCCGAAAGUGAUGUGGGAGAAGAUGAAGUAACUUCAUCCGGUUCCGAUGAUAUCGUAAUGUCGGCUCCUGAUGGAAAUCAACAGGAGCAUUUAAUGUUGGAGCAAGAAUAUGACAUCGAUUACUCUGUCGCCGAUGAAGAAGACAUGCAGUUGAUGCUGUACACCAACUCGUCAAAUUCAAUAGACGAAGCUCGUAGUGUUCCGGAAUCUCCUGUUGAGAUCAUAUCUCCCUCCAUGGCACUUUUACCAGCAUCGGCUGAAUCUGCAGUUGUACCUAUGGACGUUGAUGAUCGAACAGUGGCGAUACCUGGAGACAAAACACUAGCCAGACAAUCCGAAGAUGGCACGGAACAUUCUGCUCCAGCUAAAAUAUGCAAUUAUCCAGCGUUAAUGGCUGGCACGGAAGUUAUCAAAUCGAAUUCACCUGACUCUAGCAGAUUGGUGCCACACUUGCGACAGUCUCGCCCUUCCACAGGCGAAGGUUUCGCAUUUCCAUCAACAUCCCAAGGUUUUUCACGGAGAAGGCAUCCUUAUCGACCUAAGAAAUCUCCAACCGAAUUACCAGAAGAUCCUACUUUGGAAAUCCAAGAGAGUAUAAUUUCUCUUUUGCUGAAGCUGCAUUCGAAGCUGUCUGGAAUCCUAGAUAGUUUUGACCCAGAUGAUGAAGAAAUUGAUUAUUUAGUUCCCGAUGAUAAGGUACCCUGUGGCGACGGUCCGUUCUACGUUGGAAAAUUACUGAAGAGAAUUGCUGUAUCUGAUAAAAGUUGCUACGAUUAUAUACAAAGAACUAGGAAAGAGAUAUGGCCAUCCAAUGUGGAAAAGGAGAAAGCGAAGCAAAUGCGACAAAAUAAGGAAAGAGAAGAUCGGCGGCGGAGAGCCAAAGAGCGACAGGAAAAAUUAAUGGCCGAAUUCGCCGCAAAGCAAAGAGAAUUCUUGAAGCGCGAACAGGAGCGGAUGGAGACGGACGAAAAUGGGGAGACCCUGGACCAGAGCAAUAUAUCAAUUAGUAAACAGGAAUAUGACUGUGCAAUAUGCAAUAUAACUUCUCCCAGCACCGAGGAAAUGCCCAUGGGCUUAGUGGCCUCAGUUCAUUCCACUGCUGUUAUAGGCCAUCGACGGAAAUAUGGACAGCCAGAAGUAUACAUGUUACCAACUUCUGAUGAUGACAAGGAACGGAUUAGAAACGACAACACAUUAUCAGCAGAAUUCGAUAGAAAAGUCGAGGAAUUUAAUAGUCAUUUUGAUCCGGAGUCCUGGUUUAUGGCUGUAAAUACUGGAUGGAAUGGUGGAGUGCAUAUGCAAACGUGUGGCCACCACUUGCAUCUGCAGUGCCUAAAUUCGUAUAUUAGUACUCUUCAACGAACUCAAUCGCGACCACAGGCUGCUUUAUCGCAUGAAAAGGGCGAAUUCUCCUGCCCAGUGUGUAGACAACUAGGAAAUACCGUCUUACCAGUGUCGUCACAAUAUGGAGACAAAUCUCAAAUAGUUAGGACCAGGACGAAUAAAGGCAUGAUGCAAAUAUUAGAUGAAAUAGGCGACUUUCUCAAGGAUAACGAACAGAAGCCGAGUUCGUCGCCGAUGGCCGAGGCGAAAGGCAAAGUGAUGGAGGUGAUGAGCAAUUGUACUCAAAUCAAACCGCUUUUCAAAUCAAAGAAUGACACUCCAGUACCUCAGAGUUUGUUCCUGUUCUUUACCUCAAUAGCGCGUACCAAUUUGGAGGUGGAACUCGUGCAAAGAUACGGUUCAUUAGUCAAAUUGCCUAACGACCCGCCAAAUAUGUUACUACCAAAGAGAGAUUGUGUUGCUCAACUAAUGGACGUUUUGGGUACACAUUCCCGAGUAUCGACUAGUGUAACACGAUGGCCAGCUUGUACAAUCUUUAGACGAUUGUGCGGAUUGCCACCUCUAGAGCCAGCCACGUCUUUGGCCCCCAUCGAACGGGAAGUUCCAUUCCUAUUGAAAGAUCCCACAGCGUUGUUGUUGCAGUUUGUGUUACUGCUUCCAUCGCACAUAGAUCAGAUAUAUUUUACGGCAACCGUUCAAAUGAUGUACAACUUACUCUACUACCAAGUGGUUGCUCAAAUCUCAUGCGGUUUAACUAGUUGCGAGCGUGCCUCUGCUGCAAAGGAAGCGUCUAGAGAAGAAUUCCGAAACUUUGUUGAUGCUUUGGGCUUGGUUACUGAAUGUCUGGGCCACACGGAGCUCUACAUGGAUGACGAUGAUCUUAGUGAGAGGGGCCCAAUUACAGACGAUAAUGAUAGGAAGAUAAAUAGUGUCGCGCUAGAACAGCAGGUUCAAAGGUUGUGUUUGCCCUUCUUGAGGAUCGCCUCAUUGCUCAAAUAUCACCUAUACAAUCACCCACUGCCCGACAUUCCUUCACCGCAAAGCGAGUUCGUCCGGCUAGUUUACUACUUGGAAUUAGUUACAAAGUCAAUGGAUUGGAAGUGCUUCAAUGCUAGCGUCGCCCUAAACUGGCCCCGAAACUCAGAUUUGUGCAGAUCGACUCCCCGAUUGUGGUGCAACGAAUUUGCCGCAUUUGUCACUAAGAGCCAAAUAGCUGCUAGAUCUUUCCUGAUGGAUCAGACAGCUUUAUGGCAUUCGCCCAGACUGUUAACUUUGCCUGCAGAAUAUGAGAGAAUAUUUACUUAUUACCAUGAAAGACCGUGCAAUCAAUGCCACUCGGUUGCCCAAGAAACAAGUAUAUGUCUCUUAUGUGGUACGAUUGUAUGUAUGAAGCAAAACUGUUGCAAGCAGCAAAACGUUUGCGAAGCAGUCGCACAUGCUCAAGAAUGUGGAGCGGGAACGGCCCCGUUCCUGGUAGUUACUUCGACAUACGUAAUAGUUAUUAGAGGACCACGAGCCUGCCUGUGGGGAACAUUGUAUUUGGAUGUCUUCGAGGAGGAAGACAAAGAUCUAAAGCGUGGAAAACCGCUGUUUUUAUGCGAAGACCGAUUUCGACUAUUGGAACAGCAAUGGCUAGCCCAUCGUUUCGAGCACACGAAGAAAGCGUGGAUUCUCCACCGGAAUGCUCUCUAAAAUUAAUCUGUAACUACUCCCAACUUGUAUCCUGAAAAUAAUUAUGCUGACAAAGAACAUUUUGUGAUUCACCUAUUUAACAGUUUCGUUUAUAUACAAAUUCAAAUGGAAUAAAAUAUCUGAAUGAAAUAUUUUCGCUAUUAGUUACGAAUAUUUGAUUUGGCGUUGGAACCUUCAUUUCAUUCAAUUUAAACAUUGGAUAGUUUAAGCUUCCCUCAUCGCUGACUUUUUACUGAAAUCCCAUAAUAUUUGGUAACAGUCCUUCAUAUUCACACUGGUUUAAAUCUAGUCCCAUUCUGAAUAGUUCCUGGGAUUGUUACGCUUCAGAAGUGGCCUUUUCAUUUGAUUAACAGGUAAAUGCACUGGCAUUUGUGUGGUAUACGAAAUGUUAUUGUCUUCGUUUAUCGCAACUUACUAUUUAUCUUGUUACUGAUAAAUGUUUAUCUAUAAGGAAAUGUACAUACCUAGGAUUAUUACUAAUAUGUCGAAAACGUAUAUGUAAUAUAUAAUAUGUAUUGCUUUAUGUUUCAGCUUGUUUGUGAUAAUAAAUAUCUAUUUUUAUUCUACUAUUAAUAGAAUAGUUACUUUAAGUGCUGUCCAAGUGGACACGAAAUGUGCAUAUGCGUUUAGGAUAAUUUAUAUUUCUUUUUAUAUACUUACAUUUGCGAAAGGGCUAAUUUUUCCUUCGAUUUACCAAUUGAUCAAGUCAGAGGCGAUGAUUUUAUUGAUAUUUCUUUUUCUAUUUGUAACGUAUUAUAAGUAAGUGGAUUCAACGAAAACUAUUUUUUUAAUUUCAAAUGUUUUCGAUUAGUUCCAACCAAAUAAAGAGCAUUUAAUUGCAAAGCAAA